AUGGAAAGCGGGAGAAUGGAUUCUCCCGCUUUCCAUCACCUCGCCCCAUACUCCCUCUUUCCAUCACCCCGCCCCAUUCUCCCGCUUUCCAUCACCCCGCUCCUUUCUCCCGCUUUCCAUCACCCCGCCCAAUUCUCCCUCUUUCCAUCACCCCUCCCCGUUCUCCCUCUUUCCAUCACCCCGCCCAAUUCUCCCUCUUUCCAUCACCCCGCCCCAUUCUUCCUCUUUCCAUCACCCCGCCCCAUUCUUUCUCUUUCCAUCACACCGCCCCAUUCUCCCGCUUUCCAUCACGCCGCCCCAUUUUCCCUCUUUCCAUCACCCCGCCCCAUUCUCCCGCUUUCCAUCACCCCGCCCCAUUCUCCCUCUUUCUAUCACCCCUCCCCAUUCUCCCGCUUUCCAUCACCCCGCCCCAUUUUCCCUCUUUCCAUCACCCCGCCCCAUUCUCCCGCUUUCCAUCACCCCGCCCCAUUCUCCCUCUUUCCAUCACCCCGCCCCAUUUUCCCUCUUUCCAUCACCCCGCCCCAUUCUCCCGCUUUCCAUCACCCCGCCCCAUUCUCCCUCUUUCUAUCACCCCUCCCCCUUCUCCCGCUUUCCAUCACCCCGCCCAAUUCUCCCUCUUUCUACCACCCCUCCCCAUUCUCCCUCUUUCUAUCACCCCGCCCCAUUCUCCCGCUUUCCAUCACCCCGCCCCAUUUUCCCUCUUUCCAUCACCCCGCCCCAUUCUCCCUCUUUCCAUCACCCCGCCACAUUCUCCCGCUUUCCAUCACCCCUACCCAUUCUCCCUCUUUCCAUCACCCCGCCCCAUUCUCCCACUUUCCGUCACCCGGCCCCAUUCUCCCGCUUUCCAUCACCCCGCUCCAUUCUCCCUCUUUCCGUCACACCGCCCCAUUCUCCCGCUUUCCAUCACGACGCCCCAUACUCCCUCUUUCCAUCACCCCGCCCCAUUCUCCCGCUUUCCAUCACCCCGCUCCUUUCUCCCGCUUUCCAUCACUCCGCCCAAUUCUCCCUCUUUCCAUCACCCCUCCCCGUUCUCCCUCUUUCCAUCACCCCGCCCAAUUCUCCCUCUUUCCAUCACCCCGCCCCAUUCUUCCUCUUUCCAUCACCCCGCCCCAUUCUCUCUCUUUCCAUCACCCCGCCCUAUUCUCCCGCUUUCCAUUACGCCGCCCCAUUUUCCCUCUUUCCAUCACCCCGCCCCAUUCUCCCGCUUUCCAUCACCCCGCCCCAUUCUCCCGCUUUCUAUCACCCAGCCCCAUUCUCCCGCUUUCCAUCACCCCGCCCCAUUUUCUCUCUUUCCAUCACCCCGCCCCAUUCUCCCUCUUUCCAUCACCCCGCCCCAUUCUCCCGCUUUCCAUCACCCCGCCCCAUUUUCUCUCUUUCCGUCACCCCGCCCCAUUCUCCCACUUUCCAUCACCCCGCCCCAUUCUCCCUCUUUCUAUCACCCCUCCCCAUUCUCCCGCUUUCCAUCACCCCGCCCAAUUCUCCCUCUUUCUAUCACCCCUCCCCAUUCUCCCCUUUUCCAUCCCCCCGCCCCAUUCUCCCGCUUUCCAUCACCCCGCCCCAUUCUCCUUCUUUCCAUCAGCCCGCCCAAUUCUCCCGCUUUCCAAUACCCCGCCCCUUUCUCUCGCUUUCCAUAACCCCGCCCCAUUCUCCCGCUUUCCAUCACCCCGCCCCAUUUUCCCUCUUUCCAUCACCCCGCCCCAUACUCCCGCUUUCCAUCACCCCGCCCCAUUCUCCCUCUUUCUAUCACCCCUCCCCAUUCUCCCGCUUUCCAUCACCCCGCCCAAUUCUCCCUCUUUCUAUCACCCCUCCCCAUUCUCCCUCUUUCUAUCACCCCGCCCCAUUCUCCCGCUUUCCAUCACCCCGCUCCAUUUUCCCUCUUUCCAUCACCCCGCCCCAUUCUCCCUCUUUCCAUCACCCCGCCACAUUCUCCCGCUUUCCAUCACCCCUCCCCAUUCUCCCUCUUUCCGUCACCCCGCCCCAUUCUCCCACUUUCCGUCACCCCGCCCCAUUAUCCCGCUUUCCAUCACCCCGCUCCAUUCUCCCUCUUUCCAUCACCCCAACCCCAUUCUCCCGCUUUCCAUCACCCCGCCCCAUUCUCCCUCUUUCCAUCACCCCGCCCCAUUCUCCCGCUUUCCAUCACCCCGCCUCAUUCUCCCGCUUUCAAUCACCCCGCUCUAUUCUCCCGCUUUCCAUCACCCCGCCCAAUUCUCCCUCUUUCCAUCACCCCUCCCCAUUCUACCUCUUUCCAUCACCCUGCCCCCCAUUCUCCCUCUUUCCAUCACCCCGCCCCAUUCUCUCGCUUUCCAUCACCCCGCCCCAUUCUCCCUCUUACCAUCACCCCGCCCCAUUUUCCCUCUUUCCAUCACCCCGCCCCAUUCUCCCGCUCUCCAUCACCCCGCCCCAUUCUCCCUCUUUCUAUCACCCCGACCCAUUCUCCCGCUUUCCAUCACCCCGCCCCAUUUUCCCUCUUUCCAUCACCCCGCCCCAUUCUCCCUCUUUCCAUCACCCCGCCACAUUUUCCCACUUUCCAUCACCCCUCCCCAUUCUCCCUCUUUCCAUCACCCCGCCCCAUUCUCCCACUUUCCGUCACCCCGCCCCAUUCUCCCGCUUUCCAUCACCCCGCCCCAUUCUCCCUCUUUCCAUCAGCCCGCCCAAUUCUCCCGCUUUCCACUACCCCGCCCCAUUCUCUCGCUUUCCAUCACCCCGCCCCAUUCUCCCGCUUUCCAUCACCCCGCCCCAUUUUCCCUCUUUCCAUCACCCCGCCCCAUUCUCCCGCUUUCCAUCACCCCGCCCCAUUCUCCCUCUUUCUAUCACCCCUCCCCAUUCUCCCGCUUUCCAUCACCCCGCCCAAUUCUCCCUCUUUCUAUCACCCCUCCCCAUUCUCCCUCUUUCUAUCACCCCGCCCCAUUCUCCCGCUUUCCAUCACUCCGCUCCAUUUUCCCUCUUUCCAUCACCCCGCCCCAUUCUCCCUCUUUCCAUCACCCCGCCACAUUCUCCCGCUUUCCAUCACCCCUCCCCAUUCUCCCUCUUUCCGUCACCCCGCCCCAUUCUCCCACUUUCCGUCACCCCGCCCCAUUCUCCCGCUUUCCAUCACCCCGCUCCAUUCUCCCUCUUUCCAUCACCCCAACCCCAUUCUCCCGCUUUCCAUCACCCCGCCCCAUUCUCCCUAUUUCCAUCACCCCUCCCCAUUCUCCCGCUUUCCAUCACCCAGCCCAAUUCUCCCUCUUUCUAUCACCCCUCCCUAUUCUCCCCUUUUCCAUCCCCCCGCCCUAUUCUCCCGCUUUCCAUCACCCCGCCCCAUUCUCCCUCUUUCCAUCACCCCGCCCCAUUCUCCCCCUUUCCAUUACCCCGCCCCAUUCUCCCGCUUUCCAUCACCCCGCCCCAUUCUCCCGCUUUCCAUCACCCAGCCCCAUUUUCCCUCUUUCCAUCACCCCGCCCCAUUCUCCCGCUUUCCAUCACCCCGCCCCAUUCUCCCUCUUUCUAUCACCCCUCCGCAUUCUCCCGCUUUCCAUCACCCCACCCAAUUCUCCCUCUUUCUAUCACCCCUCCCCAUUCUUUCUCUUUCUAUCACCCCGCCCCAUUCUCACGCUUUCCAUCCCCCCGCCCUAUUCUCCCGCUUUCCAUCACCCCGCCCCAUUCUCCCUCUUUCCAUCACCCCGCCCCAUUCUCCCCCUUUCCAUUACCCCGCCCCAUUCUCCCGCUUUCCAUCACCCCGCCCCAUUCUCCCGCUUUCCAUCACCCCGCCCCAUUCUCCCGCUUUCCAUCACCCCGCCCCAUUCUCCCGCUUUCCAUCAUCCCGCCCCAUUCCCCCGCUUUCCAUCACCCCUCCCCAUUAUCCCUCCUUCCAUCACCCCGCCCCAUUCUCCCACUUUCCAUCACCCGCCCCAUUCUCCCGCUUUCCAUCACCUCGCCCCACUCUCCCGCUUUCCAUCACCCCGCCCCAUUCUUCUGCUUUCCAUCACCCCGCCCCAUUCUCCCGCUUUCCAUCACCCUGCCCCAUUCUCCCGCUUUCCAUCACCCCGCCCCAUUCUCCCGCUUUCCAUCACCCGCCCCAUUCUCCCGCUUUCCAUCACCCCGCCCCAUUCUCCCGCUUUCCAUCACCCCGCCCCAUUCUCCCGCUUUUCAUCACCCCGCCCCAUUCUCCCUCUUUCCAACACCCCAGCCCAUUCUCUCGCUUACCAUCACCACGCCCCCUUCUUCCUCCUUCCAUCACCCCGCCCCAUUCUCGCUCCUUCCUUCACCCCGCCCCAUUCUCCCGCUUUCCAUCACCCUGCCCCAUUCUCCCGCUUUCCAUCACCCCGCCCCAUUCUCCCGCUUUUCCAUCACCCCGCCCCAUUCUCCCUCCUUCCAUCACCCCGCCCCAUUCUCCCGCUUUCCAUCACCCCGCCCCAUUCUCCCGCUUUCCAUCACCCCGCCCCCUUCUCCCUCCUUCCAUCACCCCGCCCCAUUCUCCCUCCUUCUAUCACCCCGCCCCAUUCUCCCGCUUUCCAUCAGCCCGCCCCAUUCUCCCGCUUUCCAUCACCCCGCCCCUUUCUCCCGCUUUCCAUCUCCCUCGCCCCAUUCUCCCGCUUUCCAUCACCCCUCCCCUUUCUCCUGCUUUCCAUCUCCCUGCCCCAUUCUCCCGCUUUCCAUCACCCCGCCCCAUUCUCCCGCUUUCCAUCACCCCGCACCAUUCUUCUGCUUCCCAUCAUCCCGCCCCAUUCCCCCGCUUUCCAUCACCCCUCCCCAUUCUCCCUCCUUCUAACACCCGCCCCAUUCUCUCACUUUCCAUCACCCCCCCCCAUUCUCCCGCUUUCCAUCACCCCGACCCAUUCUUCCGCUUUCCAUCACACCGCCCCAUUCUCCCUCCUUCCAUCACCCCGCCCCAUUCUCCCGCUUUCCAUCACCCCGCCCCAUUCUCCCUCCUUCCAUCACCCCGCCCCAUUCUCCCUCAUUCCAUCACCCCGCUCCAUUCUCCCGCUUUCCAUCACCCCGCGCCAUUCUUCCGCUUCCCAUAACCCCACCCCAUUCUCCCGCUUUCCAUCACCCCGCCACAUUUUCCCACUUUCCAUCACCCCGCCCCAUUCUCCCUCCUUCCAUCACCCCGCCCCAUUCUCCCUCCUUCCAUCACCCCGCCCCAUUCUCCCGCUUUCAAUCAGCCCGCCCCAUUCUCCCGCUUUCCAUCACCCCGCCCCUUUCUCCCGCUUUCCAUCUCCCCGCCCCAUUCUCCCGCUUUCCAUCAGACCGCCCCAUUCUCCCGCUUUCCAUCACCCCGCCCCAUUCUUCCGCUUCCCAUCAUCCCGCCCCAUUCCCCCGCUUUCCAUCACCCCUCCCCAUUCUCCCUCCUUCCAUCACCCCGCCCCUUUCUCCCGCUUUCCAUCUCCCGCCCCAUUCUCCCGCUUUCCAUCACCCGCCCCAUUCUCCCGCUUUCCAUCACCUCACCCCAUUCUCCCGCUUUCCAUCACCCCGCCCCAUUCUUCUGCUUUCCAUCACCCCGCCCCAUUCUCCCGCUUUCCAUCACCCUGCCCCAUUCACCCGCUUUCCAUCACCCGCCCCAUUCUCCCGCUUUCCAUCACACCGCCCCAUUCUCCCGCUUUCCAUCACCCCGCCCCAUUCUCCCGCUUUUCAUCACCCCGCCCCAUUCUCCAGCUUUCCAACACCCCGGCCCAUUCUCUCGCUUUCCAUCACCCCGCCCCCUUCUUCCUCCUUCCAUCACCCCGCCCCAUUCUCCCUCCUUCCUUCACCCCGCCCCAUUCUCCCUCCUUCCAUCACCCCGCCCAAUUCUCCGCUUCCCAUAACCCCAUUCUCCCGCUUUCCAUCACCCCGCCACAUUCUCCCACUUUCCAUCACCCCGCCCCAUUCUCCCUCCUUCCAUCACCCCGCCCCAUUCUCCCUCCUUCCAUCACCCCGCCCCAUUCUCCCGCUUUCCAUCUCCCCGCCCCAUUCUCCCGCUUUCCAUCACCCUGCCCCAUUCUUCCGCUUUCCAUCACCCCGCCCCAUUCUUCCGCUUCCCAUCAUCCCGCCCCAUUCCCCCGCUUUCCAUCACCCCUCCCCAUUCUCCCUCCUUCCGUCACCCCGCCCCAUUCUCCUGCUUUCCAUCACCCCGCCCCAUUCUCCCACUUUCCAUUACCCCGCCCCAUUCUUCUGCUUUCCAUCACCCCGCCCCAUUCUCCCGCUUUCCAUCACCCCACACCAUUCACCCGCUUUCCAUCACCCGCCCCAUCUCUCGCUUUCCAUCACCCCGCCCCAUUCUCCCGCUCUCCAUCACCCCGCCCCAUUCUCCCGCUUUUCAUCACCCCGCCCCAUUCUCCCGCUUUCCAACACCCCCCCCCAUUCUCCCGCUUUCCAUCACCCCGCCCCAUUCUCCCGCUUUCGAUCACCCCGCCCCAUUGUCCCGCUUUCCAUCACUCCGCCCCAUUCUCCCGCUUUCCAUCACCCCGCCCCAUUCUCCCGCUUUCCAUCACCCCAGCCCAUUCUCCCUCCUUCCAUCACCCUGCCUCAUUCUCCCUCCUUCCAUCACCCCGCCCCAUGCUCCCGCUUUCCAUCACCCCGCCCCAUUCUCCCGCUUUCCAUCACCCAGCCCCAUUCUCCCGCUUUCCAUCGCCCCGCCCCAUUUUCCCGCUUUCCAUCACCCCGCCCCAUUCUCCCGCUUUUCAUCACCCCGCCCCAUUCUCCCGCUUUCCAACACCCCCCCCCAUUCUCCCGCUUUCCAUCACCCCGCCCCAUUCUCCCGCUUUCGAUCACCCCGCCCCAUUGUCCCGCUUUCCAUCACUCCGCCCCAUUCUCCCGCUUUCCAUCACCCCGCCCCAUUCUCCCGCUUUCCAUCACCCCAGCCCAUUCUCCCUCCUUCCAUCACCCUGCCUCAUUCUCCCUCCUUCCAUCACCCCGCCCCAUGCUCCCGCUUUCCAUCACCCCGCCCCAUUCUCCCGCUUUCCAUCACCCAGCCCCAUUCUCCCGCUUUCCAUCGCCCCGCCCCAUUUUCCCGCUUUCCAUCACCCCGCCCCAUUCUCCCGCUUUCCAUCACCCUUCCCCAAUCCCCCGCUUUCCAUCACCCCGCCCCAUUCUCCCUCCUUCCAUCACCCCGCCCCAUUCUCCCGCUUUCUAUCACCCCGCCCCAUUCUCCCUCCUUCCAUCACCCCGCCCCAUUCUCCCUCCUUCCAUCACCCCGCCCCAUUCUCCCGCUUUCCAUCACGCCGCCCCAUUCUCCCGCUUCCCACAACCCCACCCCAUUCUCCCGCUUUCCAUCACCCCGCCACGUUCUCCCGCUUUUCAUCACCCUGCCCCAUUCUCCUUCCUUCCAUCACCCCGCCCCAUUCUCCCUCCUUCCAUCACCCCGCCCCAUUCUCCCGCUUUCCAUCAGCCCGCCCCAGGGAGAAUGGGGCGGGGUGA